GCCACCCCCACUUGCUCAUAAUAUCAUUUGGUGGGUAAAAAGAGGACAUAGACUUCUACUUUGCGGAGUUUCAUCAUUAAAGUGGUAAUGACAGGGGCUGUUGCUUUACCAGGGCAAGAAAGACCAGGAAGUUAACUGCUGUCUUACAAGAACUUUAGGGGGCUGGAAUAAAAAUUAAGACAAGUUCUAGCUUGCUUUGUGAAUUAUGUCAACUGUCUCAAAAGAAGUUCUCAGGACCCUCCACCUCCAGGAAAACUGAGGGGAGAGACUUGGAGAGUCUUAACCUAUUGAGACUGGAUGACACAUAGGCAGGCCAAGAACUGAGCUUUGGGAAGUUCAGCCAGCAAGUUGCAUCAAGGUUUUAGAUAGCAGGGCUUGGCAUUGUGCCUUCAUCACAUGUCUGAGUGAGCUGGAUGUGGUGGUAAAUGUGUCCUACCCAGCCCCAGAGUCCUGCUAGGUCAGUGAGCUAUUUCUAUGUUGAAAUUGUGCCUAAACCUUUGUAUGGAACCCAGGAUUGAAAUGAGGCCUUUUUGUUUUGUUUUCUAAUUAAUGGGUGUAGAAUUGUGUGAAAGCAAGUUUUAUAUUCUAGUUGAACCGUGUCUUGAUAGGAAGAAAAGUAGUGGGGAAGAAAUGUAAAAUGGCAGUGUUACUGAGUCAGUCGUAGAGAGCUGAAUGGAGGGUAUCCCUAGAACUUGAUUCUUUGUUUUUUUGUAUGGCAAAUUUGUAUGUAUAUGUUCCACCUGUCAUUCUAGGACAACUUCUAUCAAGUUAUUUAUAGUUGAAAGUAUUAAGGUUCUCCCUCCACACCUGUCUGACUUUAGCAGCUGAAGGGAUUAAUACAGCUGCUAGGAAAGGAAGGAGUCCUCGUUGAUGCCUUAGUGAGACUGUCUCAUUGAACUUAAUUUUAGAAGUGUUGAAAUUUAGGUUGGAUUUAGAAAUUCUGGUUUCCAGCUUAAAACUCUUCAUAAGUAUUGUUAGUACUGUUAAACAUUCCUUAUUAGUCUAAGCUUGUGCAGAAGGCUUAUAUUAAGGGAGUGACUAACUAUAUUGUUUCUCUAAGAAACUAGCUCAGAGAAUUGGCGAAGGUGUCAACACAAGUAAUUUGGACUGCAUCCCAUCUUUGGGUCCAUUAAGAAGACAACAUCCCAUGUUUUAAAUUCUAGUUAAUAUGUUUGAAAGUAUUUGCACUGUGAUUAUGUCUUCUAGUUCUUCAGGAAAAACUAGUUCAAUCGCUUCUCUUUCCCAUAGUCUCAUACUGUAUAAGAGCUUCAGAACUACCUGGUUGAGUGAGUCAUGUGGAUUUGGGUGCCAUGAGCUUUACCUUUUCUUUUAAACCUACCUUCCGUAUUUGUCACUGUAAUCUAAUAUUAUCUUUUGAAUGACAGGCAUGGUAUUUUUUUCCCCUCCAUCAGAAAGCUUUUUGUUUGUUUUAAUAUAGUGUCCAAUGCUGGUCCGUUUUGCUUGAAUGAAAUACCCACAUUAAGGGGUAGGAAUCUGGAAUAUUCUCUUACUCUUAGCUCUCUCCACUUCCAAAAUAGAACUACAGGGUGGUUUAAUAAGUUGGGUUAGAAAUUCAUAAUGUGAUUCCCACCCUAGUGACUAAGCGCCCUCUCUGGAGAUCUAAUUCAUUGUGGAUUCCUGAGGAAGGGAAUAUGAAAUUCAACCCAUUUGUGUGUUUUUUUCCCUUUCUGAUUUUGCUAAGUAAACAAACUUCAGGAGGGUGAUGGUAUUGUAUGAGCAUGAAAUUAUGGGUUUUCCACAGUAUUAAAAACCUGCUUUUUUCGCAUUCAGCUCUAGCUCCCCACCAUUAUCAGUUCUCUCUUCUCUGCCUUGUUCAGUUUUCAUUUCAGUUAUUUCAAGACCCUUGGGUAGACAGGGUAGCACACAUGUUCUUGUGGUAAUUCUAUUUGCUGUAAGAAAAGACUUGGGAAUGCAUGGAGAGUUUGUUUCAGUCUAUUCCCUCUCCAUUCAGGAGAGAAGGCACAACUUGAAAAGGGCAGAAUGCAGGUUCCCAAUCUACUCCUGGUCCUGUGCUCCUUAUUUAGAGAUAGUCUAAGGCUUUCUUGCCUAUCUUCAAAUAACUAAUUUUGGUAGAACUUGGGGAAUGAGAGCUAGAAUGAUGUACUUGGCACUUGACCAAUGAAGUAUGUUCGGGAAAGUUAAGUGUUGCUUGUCACCUUCCUUUGUCUAAUCCUGUGUGGUGACCUUCAUUCUCAGAUUUAAACUACAUUGUUUCCUAUGAGGCAUGUUGUACCAAUUGGGCUGCACAACUCAUGUUUUUCCCCCCCUCCCUUUAUCUCCUUUUUUGCUUUUUCCCUCCAGCUGUGCUUCCUAUGUCUUCAGCCUUGAAUGUCACUGCUGCCUUAGGGCAGCAUGGGCCUUCCCUUUCCCCUCCCUGCCCCCAGCCCCCCCAACAAUGUCCUGUAGCAACUGCUAACCAGCCUUCCCCAUUCCCUUCAUCUAAUACUGCCUCAACUCCUUUUGAAGUUCCUUUUCCCCAGCCAUCCUCUGGAAUGUCUAUGGAAACUGCCCCUGAAACCCCAACUUUCCUGCCACACCUAAUAGGGCCUCCCAUCUCCCCAGCUGCAUUAGCUCUGGCCUCUCCAAUGAUAGGUCCAUCUCUGAAAGGUGCCCAUUCUCCUUCAGCUCCCUUGUCUCUGGUUGCAUUGGCUCCCCACUCCAUUCAGAAGAGUUCAGGCUUCCCAUCUAAUCCUUUUAGCUCACUUUCACCCGGUACUGUAGCUAAAUCAGGGUCAGUGACACCUCUGUCAGCUCCCAUUGCUCCCUCAGAACCAAAAACCUCCGCUACUCAGGAUCCCUCUCAGGUAAUCCUUAAUCCAAAAGGUACAACUCCAAAUUCUCCAGGUAUAGUCAGUACCAUUCCUUCCCACCUUGUAACUCCUUUGGCCUCUGUUCAGUCUGGAUUGACCUCCUGUGCUAAGACACUACCCACCAGUCCCCUAGCCAUCACUGGUCCUCAAGUUCAAACUGUCCCCGUCUCCUCAGUUCUGACCCCACAAAGCAUGUUAAGCCUCAGUCUAAAGGGACCUAUCUGUGCACCUGCUCAAAAGACUAUGGCUCCCAACAUCCCCCCACCUUCUACCACUUUGGGCUCUCCUAUAGCUGUACAUCAGAGUCCUUUGGGUUCUCUUCUCCAGCCUUCAGGUCAAAGGAGUCCCAGUACUGUGUCAGAUCAUGCAGUGAAUACCAUUUCUAUAGAUAGUUCUUCCCUCCAGGGAGCCUCUUGCCUAUCUCAGAAAUGUGUGAUUUCUCCCCUUCCUUCCAGAAAGGAGCUGGUUGCUGAUACUAUGAUUCCUCUUCCAGUGGGUGUGACAGCUUCUGCUAGGGCUCAAUCUGUUGACAAAGACCCCUCUAUCACAACCUAUAACCCUUCUGAAUCCCCAGAUAAUGCUUUAUCCCAUACAGCCUCUCUCACUCUCAAAGGCUCUUCUAAUACCACAUGUCUUCAGCCUUUGAUGACCCAGAUUCCAGCUUCUUUGGGAACAGGCUUGAAAGACGCUUCUGUCUCUUCUGUUGGAACCACCCCUGUUGUGAUGACUAACACUUCAAUGAUUUCUGUGUCACCUACUGCCUUUGAGAUAGCUACUUGUGUGUCUUCUGCAAAUUCAUCAGGUCUCAUAAGUAGUAAAGAAUCAGCUUCCCCUGCCAACUUCAUUCUACAGCCUGUGGUUUGUAAUGAGCUUCCUACUCAGGUACCAUCUACUGUGGAGGUACCAGUCUCUCCUCUGCCAGCUUCUGAAGACCUUAAAACGACUUCAUUAUUGGCAAACAUUUCUCCAACCCAGGUAGGACUUCCUGCCAGGAAAGACCCUACUCUACUGCCUUUAGCUCUGACAUCCCCUAAAAUUUCUCCCUCUCUUGAAAGUACAUCAUCUCUGGAGGAAACUCCUGAAUCCACUCCAGCAAUGAAAAGUCUUUUAGGGCCUCUCCCUGUGGCCAAGUCAGCUGAUUCUACUGCUUGUCUGGGUAUCACCUCCCCAACCUCUAUAAGCAAGACCAGUCCGAAAACUAUUCCAGGUUCUACUAGUCUGCUUCUCAAAAGUUCUAUUACUGCUCCAACAGUAGCUGACUUUCCUUUGGGAAGCUUUGAUCCUGCAAGAACUACCAAAGUUCCCUCCACUCCUGCAACUACAGCCAGCCUUUUUCUAGAAGAAAUUUCUUUAACUCCUAAAAAAUAUACAGCUAAGGGUACUUCAGCUGAUACUACUUUAUCUUCGGUUCCUCCAGCCUCUGAAAGUUGUCCUGUGGCUUUAGCCCCCCAUAAUGCUACCAUGGCACUGACCUCUGAAAUUCCCAAGUCUGUUCACUUUCCCACUCUUCUCCCCAUUGAGAUCGCUCCUACAGGGGCAAAGAAAGUUGAUACUUCACAUAUGGCAUUGGCACCUUUGACUUCCUCUCCUGAAGGGCAUCCUAAUGACUCUGUUGUUUCUGUUACUGCAUCUUCCAAAGGAACUCUGACAGGCCUAGGUGACUCCCCAUCUCCUGUAAGAACUAAUGUGUCCUCUCAGGCUAAAAUACUGCCAUCCAAGAAGGGUUCUGCUGUUCCUGCUGAGAGUCUCUCAUCUCUUCCUCCACUUGAGGCUUCUUUCCUUCCAGAGGCCAAUCUUUCUUCUCCAGGCUAUAAAGAUUCACUAAACAGACAUUCUUCCACUCCUCCAUCCCCCAAAGGGAGCCCUACUUCCUCAAUUUUGAUUCCUCUCUCCCCAGAAGGAGCAAUCCCAUUGUCCAAAGACAUACCCACUCCUUCAGCCUUGCUUCCUCCUUCUCUCAAAAAGUUAUCAGACACACUUUCCCCUAAAGAGACCCUGAAUUCCCUGGCUAUUACUCCUCCCUUCCCCCAAAAGGUGGCAGCAAUUCCAUCUCCCAAAGGAGCCUCUAUUUCCCCAACCAAGAUUUCUCCCUUCCCCCAAAAGACACUAGCGGCUAUGGCCCCUACUCCUACAGCUGAAACUCCCACCUCCGAAGGAGCCCCCACUGCCCUAGCUGAGAUUCCUCCUUGCCCCCCAAAGACCCCAGAAACACUGCCCCACAAAAAGGCCGCAGCUGCCAAAGAUACUCCAGAAACUCCACUUCCCAAAAAGACCCCAGCCACUGUAGCACCCAAAGAGGCCUCAGAAACCCCACCUCCCAAAAGAGCUCCAGCCACUACAGCCCCUAAAGAGGCCCCAGAAACCUCAUCCCCCAAAAGGGCACCAGCUACAGCCCCUAAAGAGGCUCCAGAAACCUCAUCCCCAAAAAAGGCCCCUGCUACUGUAACCCCUAAAGAAGCCCCAGAAACCUCAUCCCAAAAAAAAGCAUCAACUACUGCAGCCCCCAAAAAAGCCCCAGAAGCCUCAUCCCAAAAAAAGGAACCAGCUAUUGCAGUACGUAAAGAAACCCCAGAAACUUCAUCCCCCCAAAAGGCGCCUUCUGCAGCCCCUAAAGAGGCCACAGAAACCUCAUCCCAAAAAAAGGUCCCAGCCACUGCAGCCCCUAAAGAAGCCCCAGAAACCUCAUCCCCAAAAAAAGCAUCAGCUACUGCAGCCCCUAAAGAGGCCGCAGAAACCUCAUCCCAAAAAAAGGCCCCAGCCACUGUAGCCCCUAAAGAAGCCCCAGAAACCUCAUCCCCCAAAACAGCUACUGCAGCCCCCAAAAAAGCCCCAGAAGCCUCAUCCCAAAAAAAGGAACCAGCUACUGCAAUACCUAAAGAAGCCUCAGAAACUUCAUUCCCCCAAAAGCUGCCUUCAGCCCCUAAAGAGGCCCCGGAAACCUCACCCAAAAAAAAGGCACCAGGUACUACAGCCCCCCAAAAAGCCCCAGAAGCAUCAUCCCCCAAAAAGGAACCAGCUACUGCAGUACCUAAAGAAACCCCAGAAACCUCAUCCCAUAAAAAGGCACCAGGUACUGCAUCCCCCAAAGAGGCCCCAGAAACCUCAUCCCCCAAAAAGGCACCAGCUACUCUAGCCCCUAAAGAGGCCCCAGAAACCUCACCCCCCAAAAAGGCACAAGCUACUGCAGCCCCCAAAGAGGCCCCAGAAACCUCAUCCCCCAAAAAGGCACCAGCUACUGCAGCCCCAAAAGAGACCCCACCCCAUAAAAAGGUACCAGCUACUGCAGCCCCCAAAGAGACCCCACCCCAUAAAAAGGCACCAGCUACUGCAGCCCCCAAAGAGACCCCAGAGACUCCACCCCAUAAAAAGGUAGCCCCUAAAGAGGCACCAGAAACCUCACCCCCAAAAAAGGUACCAGGUACUGCAGCCCCCCAAAAAGCCCCAGAAGCCUCAUUCCCCCAAAAGGUGCCUUCAGCCCUUAAAGAGGCCCCAGAAGCCCCACCCCAUAAAAAGGCACCACUUACUGUAGCCCCCAAAGAGGCCUCAGAAACCCUGUUCCAUAAAAAGGGACCAGCUACUGUAGUCCCCAAAGAGGCCCCAGAAACCUCACCCCCAAAAAAGGCACCAGGUACUGCAGCCCCCAAAGAGGCUCCAGAAACCCCACCCCCAACGAAGGCACCAGGUACUGCAGCCCCCAAAGAGGCUCCAGAAACCCCACCCCCAAAAAAGGCCAAGGUAACAGCCCCCAAAAGAGCUUCAGGAACCCCAACCCAGAAAAAGGUCCCAGCUACAACUCCUAAAGAGACCCCAGAAACUGCACUCCCAAAGGCCUCAGCUACCACAACCCCCAAAGAGACCCCAGAAACCCCGCCCCGCAAAAGGGCACCAGCCUCUGCAGUCCCUAAAGAAACCCCAGAAAUCUCAUCCUCCAAAAAGGCUCCAAAAGCAUUGUCUCCCAAAAGGGCUCCUGCUGCUGCAGCUCCCAAAGAGGCCCCAGAAACCCCACCCCAAAAUAAGGCUCCAGCUGCAGCCUCCCAGGAGGACACUGCAGCUCCCAAAGAAGCUCCAGAAGCCCCAUCCUCCAAAAAGGCCCCAAAAGCUUUGUCUCCCAAAAAGGCUCCUGCCACUCAAACUUCCAAAGAAGUCUCAGAAAUGACACUCCAAAAAAGUACCCUAGCCAUUGUAGCCCCUAAAGAAGCCCUAGAAACUCUGUCCCCAAAAAAGCCCCCAGCAGCCCCCAAAGAGGCCCCAGAAAGGUCAUCUCUCAAAAAGACCCCACCUUCUCAAAAGGUCCCAGCCACUGCAGCUCCUAUAGAAGCCCCAGAAAAUGUAUCUCCAAAAAAGGCCCCAGAAACACCAUCUCCCAAAAAGGUGCCUGCUACUGCAGCCCCCAAAGAGGCCUCAGAAACUCCAUCCCCCAAAAAGGCUUCUGCUGCUGCAGCCCCCAAAGAAGCCCCAGAAACUUCAUCUCUCAAAAAGACCCCACCCUCUAAAAGGGUCCCAGUCACUGCUGUCUCCGUAGAGGCCCAUGAAACCCCAUUGCCCAAAAGUCCCCCAGCCACUGCAGCCACCAAAGAGCUCCUAGAAACACUAUCUUCCCAAAAGAUUCCUAAAGACACUAAAAAAAAAACACCUUCUAAAAAGGCCCCAGCCAUUGUAUCCCCCAAAGAAGCCCCAGAAACCUCACCCCCAAAAAAGGGCCCUGUCCCUGUAGUCCCCAAAGAAAUCCCAGGAACCUCACCUCAAAAAAAGGCUCCUGCCACUGCAGCUCCCAAAAUGGAGUCAGAAACCUUAUCUCCCAAAAAGGCAUCAGAAAUGUCAUCCUCUAAAAAGAUUGCUACCCCCAACAAGGCUUCAGAAACCCUACCCCCUAAGAAGGUUCCAGCCAGUGCAACCCCCAAAGAGGCAGAAGAAAUCCCACCCCCUAAAAGGGCCCCAGAAGUUUUAGCUUCCCAUAAAAAGGCCCUUGCCACUGCAGCCCCCAAAGAGGCCCCAGAAGUUUCAGCUCCCAAGGUGGCCUCCAUUUCCCCACCGGAGACACUUCCCUACCUAGAAAAGGCCUCGGCCACCCUACCCACCAAAGGGGUCCCCAUUGAGAUGUCCCCUCACAAGGCCUCAGCAACUGCAGCCCCCAAAGGGAUCAGCAGUGACCCAAUUAUGACUCCUUCCCAACAGAAGGCCAGAGCAACUGCAGCCCCCCAGGAAACUUCAGCAUCUAUUAAAGGCACUCCAACUGCCCCAGUUGUUACUCCUCCCUCCCCAAAAGAGGCUCCAGCAUCCCCGUCUCCUCAAGGUACCCCCACUGUCCAAGCUGGGACUCCUUCCCCUCUUAAAACCCUUUCUCACAAAGAGGCUGCAUCCUCAGAGUCCUCCAUUCUCUCAGCCAUUGCUCCUCCCUUACCCAAAGGUUCCCCUAUUCCCCCAAAGUCAGUCACUUGUACCAUGGGUGAUGCUGCCCUUCAGGCAUCUGAAGAGCUCCUAACAAAGAAAGGUCCUAUAUCUCUCAAAGGAGGAGUACCUUUUGGCCCAGCUCCAGAAAGUGCUGCCGGCAUCACUGCUCCUGCUCAGAAAGGCUCUGGAGGAGCCAAGAAGAAUUCUACUUCACCUCCUAAGUGCUCAGAUCCCUCAACUAAGAAUGAAACUAAAGAACCCCUUUCUGCAGUGGCUCCAGCCUCUCAAGUGACAGUCCCCGUUCAGAAAGAUUCUUCAAAGACUGCAAAAACCUACCCUAUUUGUCCUGCAAAAGGCAAAGAUUCUUUGGAUCCUCCAAAAGGUCCCUUGUCUGCUAGUUCUGAGACAUCUACCCUUCCAGCAGCAGUUGCCCCUAAGAAUGUCCUUCCUAAAGCAGGGUCAACAUCUGUCUCUCCAGAACCCACUCCACAGGUCCCUCUGUCUCUUGCUCCUUCCCCAGUUCCCCCUCUGCUUCCUAAACAGCCAUUUCUUCCAUCCUCACCUGGACUGGUGCUGGAAUUGCCCUCUAAGCCCCCAGCCCCUGCUGAUGAGGAUGAGCUGCCGCCUCUGAUUCCCCCGGAACCGGUCUCUGGGGGAGUGCCUUUCCAGCCGAUCCUCGUCAACAUGCCCACCCCCAAACCUGCUGGGAUCCCUGCCCCAACCCCCUCUGCCAAGCAGCCUGUUUUGAAGAACAACAAGGGUAUUUGCCUUGGUUUGCCGUGUGCAUGGUGUGUCGCCCACACCCCUCUUGGGGCUACCCACCAGUACUAACCAUAGGAUGCGCCGCUUUGUCCAGUGUAUCUGCUUGAGUUUGGACAUAGUACAUAGAAUGAUAGUUUUAAAGUGCAAAAGCCCUAGGAAUGUGAAAUUAAAUCUUGGUUUUCAUCAUCUCAGAUAGUGUAUGUCUUGUACAAUAAUGUCCAGACUGAGGUCUAGAUUUAUCCUUUUAACCUAACUGAUCUGACUUGAAAGCCAAGAUCUACCAAAUCUUUAAUUUGCUCUAAUCCUUACCACAUCACUAACUUUGUCCCUGGGCCUGGGAUUUACUAAACUAUUGGGGAAUCUAGAGUUAAUACUUUUAUUUCUUUUUACUUAAACAUAGUAAUGACCAGUUGCCCAGGGAUGCCCUUUCCUUAAAAAUGUAAAGGUCUGUUUUUUCUCACCUGAAAAUGGUGCUGGUGUAUGCUUUAUGCCCCUCCCGUUCCCCUGUAGUAUCUGUUGAUGCUUGGCCUUCCAAUUGUGAAACAUAACUUAUGUUUGGAAGAAAUUGUGGGAGUCACACGACAGUGACUAGUGGAGAAGAUGACUAUUUGAACUGGACAUAAUUGAGAAUCUUCCAGUGAUUGUGUGAUUCAAUUGCUAGUGUGAUUAGUCUGAAAGGGGGCCAGUGUGUAUACAACUGCUUCUGACCUCCUCUGACCCAGUUUAAAAGAUGAGGAAAAGCGCCACUGCCUGUUUUCCCUCUGCACUGUGAUAUUUAUUGAUUUGUUUACUUAAUUAUAUCUAGAUGUAUCUUUUGGCCAUAACUUUUCUGGGGAUGGUUAGAGUAUAAAGUAAAUUUUACUCACUAUAGAGUAAAUUUUGAAAUUAAAAGAGGGCUCGGUAUGUGUACCAAGAAAUGAACACCUUAAGGAAAAAAAGCAGUUACAUAGAUAAGCUGUUGGGCUAAGUCUUGUGACUGUCCCUCAUUUCUGAGGCUAGGUCUUUAAUGCAUACCAUUGGUUUAUGACCUAAGUUGGAGACUGUAAAGUUGGCUUCAAGAAGCCAUUUAGUUUACACUUAACUUUGUAAGGCCUAGCAUAAAGCAAUGCACUCUACUCUAGGCAGACCAGUAUAAGAUAUCUUAAAGUCCUUAAAACCUCUGCUAUAUAAAAAUAGUAAAAGUUGCUUGUCG